AUAAUAGAAAAGGCAUAAAAUAUCUCAAAGACAACGGUGGUUAGGUGCUUCAAAGUUGGACAAAGUGAUUGCCAAUUGCCACUGACAUCAAUUAUACAAGUCUGUUUUUUGGCCUCCGCAAUCCCCUGCAACCCACAUUUCUCUAUCAUCUCUCUCCCCUUAUCUCCUCCUAAUUCUUUCUUCUUCUUCCCAUUAGCCCCCUAUAGUUGCAGCUUCGAAGGUGAGAAUUUUAAGCAAUGGCCUUUGCAGGAACAACCCAGAAGUGCAUGGCAUGCGACAAGACUGUCUAUCUUGUGGAUAAGUUAACUGCCGAUAACCGUGUCUACCAUAAGGCCUGCUUCCGAUGCCAUCACUGCAAAGGAACACUCAAGCUUGGCAACUACAAUUCCUUUGAAGGGGUACUCUAUUGCAGGCCACAUUUCGAUCAACUCUUCAAAAGAACUGGCAGUUUGGACAAGAGCUUUGAGGGGACGCCAAAAAUUGUAAAAUCUGAUAAACCUGCUGAUGGUGAGAAACCUAAUGCUGCUAAAGUCUCAAGCAUGUUCGGUGGAACCAGAGAUAAAUGUUUUGGCUGCAAGAACACUGUCUAUCCAACUGAGAAGGUUACAGUGAAUGGAACUCCUUACCACAAGAGCUGCUUCAAAUGCAUCCAUGGAGGAUGUGUAAUUAGCCCAUCCAACUACAUUGCACAUGAAGGCAGACUCUACUGCAAACACCACCACAACCAACUCAUCAAGGAAAAGGGCAACUUAAGCCAGCUUGAGGGUGACACUGAAAACUCCAUGAAUGAGAAAGCUAAUGGAAGAGAAGUUGCUGCUGAAUCAUAGUCUGCCAAUCGAAGGAUAUGCUUUAAUCUUGCGUCUUCCUCCCUUAGCACAUUGUGGCCACACUUCAUGGUUUGUUCUUCCCUGCAGUCCAAAUGGCUUUGUGCUUGUAAUUAGUUGAGAUUCUUCUUGAUACUCUAAUUGCAUUGUGUGGGAUUUUUGUUUGUGUAUUUUGGGUUUUAUUCUAAUAUGGUUGUUCAGGUGAGAUUCGAAGACAUCAUAUGGUGAGCUCAACUGUUGUAAUUUGCGAAUUCUUAUUGACCUGAUGAUCAGCAUUGCUUUACCUGCA